UCGAAGAGUCGAGGUGUCAUUAACUAUUAGUGAAGUAGCGGAAGUUUUCAAUACCGCAUAAUUAUUAGAAAAUACAUUUUUUAAUAAAUAUAGGUUUAGUAGCAUAGAGAGCCACAACAAUGAAUACGAAGUACGUGACCUUCUGUCGUUGGUUGGCCGUUUUGGUGUUGUUGCAGACCUUCAUGCCUCCGGGAGCAGAGAGCAAACCCAUGCCUGGCAAGAAAACCAAAAUGGCUCUCAGCGCUAUAGCUGGUUUGACUGCGGGCCAUUUAAUAGGACGCGCCACCGCUAAUCGUCCAAAAAAAGAGAAGUUCGAUAUGAGCGAACAUUUGCCACCGAAUUGUCGAAAGGAGGUUAGCACUAAAUGUGACCCGCAGGAUUCCAAGAAAUUCAUUACAAUUGAACAAAUCAUAUGUGAUCCCCUACCCAAUCAGCAACCACAACAACAACAAAUUCAAUUUGUCCAGCCGUCGUUGGUAGUACCCGUUCAACCGGUUGCGCCAUCUAUUCAGCAAGUUCAACCAGCUGUUGUUCAACAGCCGCCUCCAGCUGGCUUCCAACAACCCGCUCAGCCAAUCGGAUUUGUCCAACCUCCACAACAAGCUGUGCAGCAGCCAUCAGCUCCAGCGCCCCAAACAGUUCAGGUAGUGCAACCACUACAACAAGUUCAAUCACAACAGCCAGUUCAACCAGUCCAGUCCGUACAAAUACCUCAAACUGUGCAAACAAACCAAGCGCCACAGUAUAUACAAACUGUUCAACAACCGUUGCAGCCGGUUCAAGUCGUUCAGCAGCCUCAACCAGCACAACCUGCUCCAGGCACUUCGCAAGUAUUUGUUUUGUCGAAGAAAACAGGUUACUUUGGCAAGUCCUCCACCGACCGCAUACUGCAAACCAAUCUCGUCUUGAUGAUGAUGAUGGCUUUUCUACUCAUUUGGUUCCAGUAGAUCCUUCGAUGCUUUCUUGUGUGUCAUUUUAGUUGAAUUUCAUUUGAGAGGUUUACUCUAAGCUUGUUAAGCAUAUAAAGCACCAAUCCGUAUUAAUUAUAGUGAAUAAUUUGAACGUUGUAAUAAAUAAAGUUCCGUACAAAAAAAUUUCCAAUAAAAA